CUGAUGGAGAACAGGACAGAAGUGAGAUACUUCAUCCUGGUUGGACUCACCAAUGACCCAGGUCUGCAGCUUCCACUCUUCAUUAUCUUCCUCCUCAUCUAUACCAUCACCCUUAUAGGAAAUCUGGGGCUGAUCCUGUUGAUCCUCUUGGAUUCUCGGCUCCACACCCCAAUGUACAUUUUCCUAGGAAACCUGUCCUUAGUGGACUUUUGUUAUUCUUCAACAGUGACUCCAAAGGUCAUAGCUGGAUUCCUUACAAGAGACAAAAUCAUGUCUUACAAUGCGUGUGCUUCUCAGAUGUUCUUUUUUGCAAAGUUUGCUGAUGUGGAAAACUACCUUUUAGCCUCAAUGGCCUAUGAUCGUUAUGUAGCAGUGUGUAAGCCCCUACAUUAUGCCACCACCAUGACAACACGCAUGUGUGUGUCUCUUCUCAUUUGCUGUUAUAUCUGUGGUUUCCUCAAUGCUUCCAUCUAUACUAUCGAUGCAUUAAGUCUCUCCUUCUGUGAGUCCAAUAUAGUCCAUCAUUUUUUCUGUGAUGUUCUGGCAGUCAUGAUGAUAUCUUGCUCUGAUAGACAUGUUAAUGAAUUGAUUCUUGUUUAUGUAGCCAGCUUCAAUAUCUUUUUUGCCCUUAUACUGAUCAUAAUAUCCUACAUGUUCAUUUUUAUCAACAUACUAAAGAUACAUUCAGCUGGAGGAUAUCGCAAAGCUCUCUCCACUUGUGCCUCUCACUUCACAGCUGUCUCCAUUUUCUAUGGUACAAUCAUAUUCAUGUACUUACAGCCCAGCUCCAGUCACUCCAUGGACAUGGACGAAAUCGCAUCUGUGUUCUAUACCAUGGUUAUUCCCAUGUUGAACCCUCUGGUUUACAGUCUGAGGAACAAGGAUGUGAAAAAUGCAUUCACAACGAUUAUAUUGAGAUCAGGAUGA